UUUUCUUAUCUAUGUGUGUUGUUGUUUUGCUUUUGUUGUUGUUUUUUGUUGUUUUGUUGUUGUUGUUUUUUUAUUUGCAAUAAAAUCAUUGAAUAAGUUGGAGUUGUACCUAAAGAUCUUCACACUAAAGAUCUCCUAUCCCCCACUGAGAGAACAUGAAGUACAUACAACUACAACUGAUAUUUCUUAGCUUAGAAAUCCUAUACCUUGGGGGGCAACGAGUUAAUUUACAAAUUAAAUGUCGGAAAUUUGGAUAUGAAAUGCAGACAUUAAGAAGUGCCACGAAGUGCCUCCAUUGGAACCGUGACAACGUGACUUUUACAGAAGCCAAAGAACAUUGUGAAGCUAACGGUGGCUUCUUGGCUACCUUCAAGACUGAAGAUGAGGUAGCACUGGCUACAACUUCCAAAAUCUGGCACUUCUGGGUGGGCUUGGAUGACAUGCAGAGUCAAGGAAUGUACAGGUGGCAUGAUGAUGGUACUAUAGCGCAAAAUGUGAAAGAUAUCUUUAAAUUUCAGGAAAUGACAAGACGCCCAAUCAGUGCGGAUUGCGCCUCGUUUAUGCCAUCAUUUUCCUCUCACGUUCUGACGUUUUGUGACACAAAGGCUGGUUUUGUUUGUGAGAUUAGAGCUGCGUCUUAGUGGAUCUUAGACUUUUGCUAUCUGGCCACAGUAAAAGAAAAAACGUCCAGUCGAAGAAAGAAUAAUAUUCCUAUUACAUCAGUAAUAUCUAACUCAACUCACUCCACGAUUCACUCUCUGAUGCAAAAUUCAACGUAUAUCCAUCACUAUAUUGGUUUACACCAGGAAAAAUUUAAUUGUAUAAAAUAACAUGUCAAAGAAAACUAAUACACAGGCAAAAGUGUUAUUUUAUUUAAAUAACUCAAGAAAAU